UAAUUCACAACACAACCUGUUGCAUUUUCGCCGUUUAUUUCUUCAAUGAGGACGAAGUGAAAAGAAAGCGAUGUGCUCCUUUCUAAGUAGAAUAUGUGGUUUAUAUUAGUAAAAAUAUAAAUACAAUCAAAAUGUUUUCAAGAAAUGUCACACGGGUUGUGAAAUACGGUUUAUAUGGUAGUGUAGGAAUAGGUGGAACUGUCGCUGCACUGAAACUCCAAGAAAAUGAAAUUGGUACACACGCAGUUGUUAGAAUUACUAGGACUGCGGUAACUGCAAUUGAAAUUGGCAGAACUUAUCAGGCUAUGCUUUAUAGCAAGGAUUGGGAUAGAACGUCUCCCGAAUAUGAGGAAGCAAAGAGGGCAGCACAUCAAAUUGGUGCAGAAAAAUUACUAGAACUUUGCAGAGCUAAUAAAGGCGUAUACAUUAAAAUUGGGCAACAUGUUGGUGCAAUGGACUACCUCCUGCCCACUGAAUAUGUUACAACCAUGAGAAUAUUACACAAAGAUGCACCUAAAAAUACUGUGGAAGAAUUAUAUAAAGUAAUAAGGGAGGAUUUAAAACAAGAGCCCGAGCAAUUGUUUGCUGAAUUUGAUUCUGAACCUCUUGGAAUAGCGUCUCUUGCUCAGGUUCACAAAGCCACCCUUCACGAUGGUACUGUAGUUGCUGUCAAAGUUCAACAUCACUUUGUGAGGAAAAACAUUAAUUUAGAUCUGAGAUGGAUGGAGUUUGUACUCAAAACAAUGUCUAGAGUAUUUCCUGAUUUCCAAAUGCAAUGGCUCAUUGAUGAAACCAAGAAGAACCUGGAAAAAGAACUGGAUUUCAUACAAGAGGGCCAUAAUGCUGAAAAGGUUGCAUCCUUAUUCAAAAACUAUGAAUGGUUGAAAGUGCCUAAAAUAUUUUGGGAUUAUAGUACUGAGAGAGUUUUAGUUAUGGAAUACAUUACUGGUGGACAGGUUAAUGAUAUAAAAUAUGUUGAAGAACACAAUAUUAACAAAUUUGAUUUAUGUAGUAAGUUGGGUGACCUUUAUGCUCAUAUGAUUUUUGUCACUGGAUUUGUACAUAGUGACCCACAUCCUGGCAAUAUCCUCAUUCAGAAAGAACCAGAUGAUAAAGAAGUGUCCGUUUACUUGUUGGACCAUGGUUUGUAUGCUCAACUGAGUGAUACAUUUAGAUAUCAUUAUUCCAAAUUGUGGCUUUCAAUUAUAAAUAGGGAUCGCAAAAAUAUGAAAUAUUAUGCAUCGAAAUUGGGGAUUCGUGAAGAGCUCCAUAUUAUUUUCUCUUGCAUGGUUACUGGAAGACCAUGGGAAUCUAUUUUGAAGGGCAUAGGUGACACACGGCCAAGUUCUCAUGAGAAAAUUGUAUUUCAAAACGAGCUUCCAAAUUUUCUUCAUUAUGUGACACAAUGCUUGGAAAAUGUGGAUCGGCAAGCUCUGCUUGUGUUGCGUACAAAUGAUUUGAUUCGUAGUAUAGAGUAUGCAUUGGGAAUGCAGGAGAAGAUGUGUGGUUUUACAGUCAUGACCAAAUGCUGUAUGAUUAGUGUUUAUGACUUUGAAUAUAAGAAUUGUAAUUCAGUGGUGAAGAAACAGUUUCUAACGAUCAAAUAUGGCUUCUCAUUAUUGUUGUUUUACUUGUACACAGUAUACAAGAGCCUACUUGACAGAUUUAAUUUAUCAUAACAGUGAUUUUGUGUCGGAAGUUUUGUGUAAAAUCUGAAUGACA